AUGAGUGUCCCGUACAGUGACUUGCUGCCUCUCCUGUUGCUAGGAGUGGUGUGUGUUGUGUGUAUUUACUUGUGGUCAGUGUCUCAGUGGCGAUGGUGGUACUACUGGAGACGGCGCGGGGUGCCGUGUCUGAAACCAGUGUUGCCAAUCGUUGGCAACAUGUACGACCUCCUGUUGCUGAAGAGUCUUCCCGAUAUUUCCAACAGGAUAUAUAAGGUUACCAAGGGUCUCCCCUAUGUCGGGAUCUACGCGUGCCACACGCCCGUGCUGUACGUACAGGACUUGGACCUAAUAGCGAGGAUAACGGUCAGGACUGGAGAUUUCUCGAGAUCGCGGUUGUCUCCCUGCUUCAACAUCGCCAGAGUUAAAUCUAUGUUACCCGCAAUGUUGGAGAAGAGUGCAAAUUUAGUGGGGAAAUUCAAGAAUUACUUGACACAUAAGGAUUUGAUUGAGGUGUGGGACGUUUCUUUGAGAUAUUCCACCGACGUCCUUACCCUUUGUACUAUAGGGGUGGACGCACAGUGUCUCGAUGAUCGCCAUGAAUUCAGAAAGAUCAGUAAACAAAUGUUGGGUAUCCACUUCAUAUACCACGUCUUCACAGGAUGCUUCUUCCCCACAGUGCACAAGUUAUUGGGGACUCCAGUCGCCAAAGCCAGCGUUACAGAGUUCUUCCAUCACGUCAUUCAACAAAUCAUAGAUCACCGCAAGGAAAAGAAAAACGAGAACAAGGAUGUUCUCCAGGCUCUGAUAGACUUGAAGGAAGAAUUUACAACUCGUGAGACAGGUGCUAAUAUACCAGGUAAAAUUGUAUAAACGUUUUAAAUUAAUGGAGAGU